GCAAAGCUCCGGAUGUUCCGCAGCCCCGGCGGCUCACAGGUGGAGGGGCCCGGGGCCUAGGACUGUGCCCCGAAGCGGGAAGCGCCUGCAGGCUGUAGAGAGGCCGGGUCCGGAGCCUGGAGGCGCGCGGGGGUGGGCACUGCAGCCGCGGGUUGUUUAUCUGGAGUACGGAGGGGAGGGGGGAGCCUGGAAACCGCCCCGUGUCCCAUUUCCUCCUCUUGUUUUCGCUCCGGAUUCUCCAUGUUGGACCCAAACUGAGGAGCCCGGAGCUGCUGCCGGGGGAUCGGGGCUGGGGGCACCCGGGAGAGCCGUUACCCGGCUCGCCCGCUCUCCAUACAGGCCGCCUCCCUUCCCGGCCCAGGGAGGGAACAAGAGCCGGGAUGUGAACAGCAGUGGGAGUCGGAGUCUCGGGAACCCGAGCCUGAGCCGGAGCGGGCCCCCGCCCAGGCCCCCCAGCCCAGCCCAGCCCAGCCUGUGCGCCCGCGCGUCCUCCCGCCCAGCCAGCCCGGGCCCGCGGGAUUGUUAGAUGGAACACGGCUCCAUCAUCACCCAGGCGCGGAGGGAAGACGCCCUGGUGCUCACCAAGCAAGGCCUGGUGUCCAAGUCCUCUCCUAAGAAGCCACGUGGCCGUAACAUCUUCAAGGCCCUUUUCUGCUGUUUUCGUGCCCAGCAUGUUGGCCAGUCAACCUCCUCCACUGAGCUCUCCCCCUACAAGGAGGAACCCAACACCAUUGCUAAGUCGGAUCUGCUCCAGUGCCUCCAGUACCAGUUUUAUCAGAUUCCAGGGACCUGCUUGCUCCCAGAGGUGACAGAGGAAGAUCAGGGAAGAAUCUGCGUGGUCAUUGACUUGGAUGAAACCCUUGUGCAUAGCUCCUUUAAGCCAAUCAACAACGCUGACUUCAUAGUGCCUGUAGAGAUCGAAGGGACCACUCACCAGGUAUACGUGCUCAAGAGGCCAUACGUGGACGAGUUCCUGAGACGGAUGGGGGAGCUCUUUGAAUGUGUUCUCUUCACUGCCAGCCUGGCCAAGUAUGCUGACCCCGUGACGGAUCUGCUGGACCGGUGUGGGGUGUUCCGGGCUCGCCUGUUUCGUGAGUCCUGUGUGUUCCACCAGGGCUGCUACGUCAAGGACCUCAGCCGCCUGGGAAGGGACCUGAGGAAAACCCUCAUUCUGGACAACUCGCCUGCUUCCUACAUCUUCCACCCAGAGAAUGCAGUGCCUGUGCAGUCUUGGUUUGACGACAUGGCGGACACUGAGUUGCUUAACCUGAUCCCAAUCUUUGAGGAGCUGAGCGGAGCUGAGGAUGUCUACACCAGCCUGGGGCAGCUGCGGGCCCCUUAGCCUUCCCUGCUGCCAAGCCACGGCCAUCCCAGUAGGGGGCUUUCCUACACUGUGCCUUUAUGAUCAGCUUGACAGAGUGGAAGCUGGAGCAUCUCACCAAAUGAGGCCUGGAAAUAGACGUGAUUGGAAAGAGCGUUAGGACAGGUUAGAUGCCGAGUGGGCAAAUAUCAGACCAGUGAUACCAGAACUCCCUACUCCCUGAGUUGGGUUCCUGAGAUGUGAGUGAGAGAGAGAGAGAGAAUGUGUGUGUGUGUGGGUGUGUCUUGCCUUGAACUGUGGCCCCAGGAUAUAAGUGUUUCAGGUUGGGGGAGAAACUGAAGGAUCAAGAGUCUCAUCGAGUUAGUCUCUCUCCUCUCCCUUCACCCUGAGAGCCACCGAGCUCCAGGCAUGAAGACUGUUGAAGGCUCCAUUGCCAAAGCUAUGGCCUUUCCUCAGUGUUGUAAGGUUUAUGCCAAGGAGAGAGUAGGGUCAGGGGCUGCCUUCGGGUGCCCCAGGCAUGCGUCUUUCUGAAGCCUUUCUCUUGCCAGCUGCUGCAGACAGAGAAACGACAUUUCUGGGAAGAUGAAAGCUUGUUUCCAGAACUGGUAGCCCCAGUGGCCAUCAAGUCCUGUGGCCCGACAGCUGCCCUUGCCUCCAGCUGAGUGCCUGACUCGGGUCCUGUCUGCAUCUCCCCAAGGCCUGGGCACCAGGCCUGCCUUCCUCGCCGCCUAGCCAUAGUCUUGAACCUGUGGGGAAGGAGGUCUUCUCCCUGCCCUGGAAGAGGACAGAUAACGGAUUUCCGUUCUUUUGACUCUGUUUUAAAAUUCCCUUUCUAAAUACAGUGUUGAGCUGUUUUGUUUCUGACAGAGCUGCAGUCCUGGGCCUGAGGUGAAUGUGGGAGGCCUCGGGGGUGUGGGGACGGGUCCCCAAAGCAUGAAUGUGUGUGUCCCCUUGGCUUGUAGGGCAGCUGAGCUUGGGGCUGUCUCGGUCUGCCCUUCAGGGAAUCUCUGCUGGUGCUGCCACAAGGACUUUGCUCCCAAGUCCGGGAAGGGCGCUCAGCGUCCCACCCUCCUGUUUCCUGGGCAGGGCUUUCUCCUCUCGUGUCUUCCCCAGGGCCUGGCCUGUGCCGAGUGUUUCAUCCCUCCUGGCUGGCUGGCUGGCUGGCUGGCUGGCUGGCUGGCGCUUUUUCUUUCCAGAGCCUCAGGCACGCUUGCAUUUCCUGGGCGAAGGGGCUGGGUGUUCUCUGCGUUUAGUUUGCCAACGUAACACACGUGCGCCCUGCCAACAGUAACAGGUGUGAGUGAGCUCUGCACUCACCUGUGCUUUGCGAGUCUCUUUGCUUUCAAAGUUUCUUAAUAGUGAAAUGCUUUUUUAAAAAAGAAAGCCACAAAAAGGAAGUUUCCCCAGGAUGGAAAACAAAAGAGGAAGAGCUGCUGUAAUUGGGAGCACAGGGGGCCCCCCAAGGGGAGCCCCACCUCAGCAUCACUGCCUUAACCUUGGCCUCCCCUCCCUCCUUCAGGUGGGAGCUCCUGUCACCCCACCCCCACCCCCAUUUUCCCUGGAGGCAGGUGUCACCAAGCAUUUGUAAGUUGCUUCAGGUGUGAGAACACUGCCCACUCAGGACAGCCCCCAUUGUCCCUUCCGGUUCCCGCACACUAGGCCAGUCUGAGGAGCUCACCAGGACCAGGCAGCAGAGCAGCAGCUUGGGCUUCUGGCUGCCCAGUUUCUUCCUCUGGCUUCGUGAGGCCUUGCCUUUUGCUUUGGUGUCGCAUGAGUGGAGUAGGGCCCCCAAGGCAUGUGUGGUCUUUUCCCCAGCAGCAUUUCCUGGUGGCUGUGGGAUCCUGCUUCAUGCAGGUAGGGAAAGAGGGCUCCAGGGCUGGCCAGGAACGACAUCUGAAGACAAGAAGGAGCUUCUGAUUCCAAGCCCCUGGCCUAGGCCUCUCUCCUGGUAUCACAGGGGGGCCUCUCCUAAGCCCCACUCAAAGGGUCAGACCUCUGGCCAGAUCUGCCAUGGGGUCCAGCCAAGCUUUUCUGACUAAACAAGCAAUAAGAGGCUCUAGGCUGACCCAGUUUCGACCCUUUCUGCCCUCCUUUGGGUCACCUGGUCUCCAGGAAGUGUCAGUGCCACCCACUUUCCUGUCAGGCUUGUCUAAGUGUUCCAAGGGAUCAUGACCAGGGCCCAGGAUGACCUGGUGGGAUGCUUCUGCAUGAAGAAGCCUAGCUCUGCAGGCCUGUCUCACCAGACCCCUGCCCCGCCCCUGUGGUUCCUUACCAGAAAUGCCACACCCCCUCCCCUCCUUCCCUAGAGAGGUAGCUCAGCCAAAUAUAAGUCUAAGCAGGGUCUAUCCGUUUGGACCAGAGCCAGCCUGAAGUCGUUAGGUGAUUUCUGGUCUCCAGUUUCAGUGUGUUAGGGACAAGAGAUGAUUGCAAAACUUGCUCCUUAGAGGAAUCAGGCCAGACUCAACUUGGGAGGAGGGCAAGAUUGCAAGGAGGAGCCAGUUCACCCCAGGAUCUGUUUCAGGGUUUCCUACCAGCCCUUACUGUUUGAGGCUGGCCUUUGGGAAGCAAUAGGCCACCAGGCCUGGCCAACCCCAGUUCAAGCCAUGCCAGGAAUCUGCCCACCUGCCAAGUUCAGUUCUUUUAAGGUGCCUCUUCAGGGACACAGCGUGUCUCUCUGAUUGGGCUUCUAAAUCAAAAGCCUGAUGUUCGUGUCCCUCUCAUAGGGGGAGCUUUGGACACAGGACCAGUGUGGAAGGGUCAGGUAAGGGUCUUCACUCUGCACAUUGUAGAGGGGACCCUUUGCGGGCCCGUGGUCCCUCACUAAAGAGGUUGAGGUAACUUGCCUUCAGUUAACCUGGGACCUUCUGUUUAAUUCCCUCCCACCUCACAAAGAGUUGGACCAUUUUAUAAAUGUAUAAAUUCACCUCUGUUCGCAGUGGCCCCUGAAGCUUCCCUGUGCUAACAGCAUGGGAAGUCUUAAGGCAGUCAUUCCCUGGGAAGUGGGUCCCGUUCUGUUUUGCAGCCCUACCCUGUUGCUGAGGAGGCCUCAUUCAGUAAGGCAACUCCCCAUCCCCCUCCAAGGUUGUCUUGCACCCCAUGUCCCAGCCAGGUCAAGUGUCUACAGAAGGUAAACCUGUUUUCCCCUUCAGGUCUUCAUUUGGUUAUUUGUUACUGUUGUCCCUCAGUUGCCUUUUUUGUAAAAUGAGGUUUUAGUUUUGUCUUAAAAAAAACACCAGUAAAUACUUGCAUUCAAACCGGGGAGGGGAGGCAGAGGUCUGGCCCCCUGCCGCAUUCUCUUUAAUGCUGUGGGGCAUGCCCCUGGAGCAGACUCUAGUCUUUGGGGCCCUGAGCUUCUUUGCUUGUAGUCAUCUCAGAUUUGACCUGUCUGUUAUGCCGCCCAACCCCCUUCAAGACCGCCAUCGGGAGGGUCAGGGAGGUCUGCCUCCCACUGUGACUGGGCUCUGGGGUUCUGACCACCUUGCUUACAAGUCCAUAAUUUGAUAAAUUUGUUGUAUUCAAAAACUUGAAAUGUAGGAUGCCAUUAAAUGUCUGUUUAUAUUUUUGAAAUAUUUGUAUUACUUACAAUUAAUGAAUAAAAGUGGGUUUAAAAAACCCAUCCAUGAA